AUGGGGCCAGGCUACACCGAUAUACGCGCCCUGAUAGGAGGUGCAAUUUAUUACGAUCUGAAGUGGCCCGAAAUGGACCACAUCCUUCUACCCAGAGGUCCAGUUGGGUUCCGCUUUGAGGUUCCGGUUCUCAGCACACAAAACUACGAUGGCGGGGACUUUUUCACAUAUCCGAACCGCCAAGGAUGGGGCCCUCGAAGGGUCUGUGAGUGGCAAGCGAUUUUCGAAGCGCCGUCUAUCGAGUUCAAAGCCUUCCUCCAAAGGUGGCUAUAUUUCGGCCUCAUCCACGUGCGCCUUGGUCCUUUCGACAUAAAAACCACAUUUGUGUCAAAGAAACGAGACAGACAUGGGUGUCUAAUUCUGAAGACCGAGUCGCUACCUACGAUUGCCCUGCAUAGCGUGAAAACACCAAUCUCGCCGAAGCACGAACUCCGUGGAGUAUUAGCAGUGCAGAUGGUGGACAUGAUUCAGUUGCGCCUCUCGAAGAAGUGGCUCUCCAGGAGGAAAAGGGCAAAUUUUAGCAGGCCCGGUAUGUGGAUGAUCCUGCGUCGGCGUGGCUGCUGCCCGUUUGAUAUACUGCCAAUGACCAAGCAGUUCAAUGUUUCCGCUCUCAUGUUUAUGGUGAAUAUUACGCGGCCGAAUCCUGAGCAGGAACACAGAAUGAUCCAUAUCACAAGCAGAAAGAAGGUUGCUCCAUCUGGGGAAAAGCUCUGUAAUCCAAUGAGCUGUCAUCAUCGGCAGCUCUCAGACAACACUUAUCAGACACGUCAUGUGGACGGAUGUCUCGGAUGUGAAGAUAUCGUGGCAGACCCAACGACUAUCCUCAGACGCGGAACGUUUCCUCUCAUCGUGGCCAUUGAUACGGACAGCAAUGAUACUGAGGCCAAAUUUGUGGCGGCCGAACAGAAUAUGCCAUACAUCGCCAUAUCUCAUGUUUGGUCGGACGGGCUGGGGAAUCUCCUGAGAAACGCGCUUCCGAGGUGCCAGUUGCUUCGCUUGAGCGACAUGAUCAGGAACCUCCCCGGCAGGGUAGUAAGGACGGCAUUAUUCUGGUUUGAUACCUUAUGCGUACCGCCGGACUCGGCAGAGCAACAUGAGGAACAGGGCACAGCGCUACAGCUGAUGCGACAGGUCUACCAGAAUGCUACUGCAGUGUUAGUUCUGGACUCUUGGCUUCUGUCUACGCCAUGCUCUCAGAUGCACGAUGCUGAGAUGAUGAUGAGGAUUUUCACUGCCAAUUGGGACCGUUGUCUGUGGACUUACCCAAAAGGUGCGCUGGCCUGGGGUUUACUGUUCCAAUUCCAAGAUGGCACCUGCGACCUCGAUGCAGUGUUUAGACGUCAUCAGAUGUCGCUGGACAUUGCUGUCAGCAUGACGGUAUGGCCCUGUAUUGAAAUUAGAUACAGAAGCCUUCGAGGGUUCCGAAGAAUCAAGGACCAAAAAGAAGCGUUUGCAGCGAUCAUGGCCGCCAUGGCAUUUCGAAGCACCAGCGUGGCGAUAGACGAAGCUCUGUGCUUAGCUUCUCUCCUUGACCUUGAUUCCAAACCACUCCUAGCCGAGAAUGACCCGCAGGCUAGGAUGGAACUAUUGUGGUCGAUGUUGGAUGCAGUUCCAGUCACUAUCCUCCUAAAUAUCGGGGCCAAGCUCGACAAGCCAGGACUAAGAUGGGCCCCACAGACACUGCUUCUCUCGCCAUCCAAGGUUCAUCCUGAAACCGGCGAAUAUUAUGAUUUCUCCAACCUAAGAAACUUGUUCACGGUACCUAUGGCGAAGCCAACGCCCCGUGGCCUCCGCAUUCAGCUCCACGGCAUCGUGUUCUUAGUUUCUAAUGCCACCAUUGGAAGCGAGAUCAUAGUCAAAGGAGACAAGGGCAAGUUCUAUCGAAUCCUGCACGAGUAUCGGCGGCUUGCAAGUGAAAAAAAGGGCGGUGCUCUCGGAGAGCCAAGAACGGUAACCCCACGCCGGGAAUUCGGGACGUCCUAUGCUGCGUUUGUCUCAUGGUCAUCCACUGAGCGAUUGACAAGGGAUCCUGGACUCUUGGUGGCCGUUGUUGAGCAUGCCAAUAGAGUUAUUUAUGCCAGAAAUAUGGGCAAGGCUUUUUGCAUGGAGGAGACUAGGGAUAUGGUAGUGAAUGACCUGCGAGACUUGAAUAAGAGAGCGAUACUGGUGGACAGUGAGACUGGUUUCUUGCGAGCUGCUUGCGGUGAAGAAAGGGGUAGGAAGCAGGUGUGGUGUAUUGACUAA